AUCUCGAGCCAGUUUCUGAAACUUACCUACCCCACCUUUAAACGACCUGCUCGUUACUUCAGAGAUCGGUUUUCUUUCUUUUUUUGUCGUGCUUGGUCAUCCUUGUAUUUUGUUACUCCCCUUGGUACCCCUAGACUUGGAGGGAACGUAACACUGAGAUAGAGUGAAAAAAUUGUGAAAAUUCCGUUUUUGGUAAUGGUGACACUAAUUUGCAUAAAAAAUACAUGUGGGACAUCCAGACAACAUUUUAACAUAGCUCAUCAUUUUCUACAUACUUUUUCCACUUAGGAAACACUGAUUAUAAGAAUAUUUCUGUGUCUGUGCAAAAUACACCCUUCUUGGUACAAGACUAAAAUGCUAUUUUCUUGUAAUGGCGGCACUAAUUAGCAUAAUAGCAUGCCACAGACACAUGUGAUCACUUUAAGAAUAGUUUUAUUUUGUUCCUUGACCCUCAAAACAUGGAUCUGGAUACCUUAUUUGUUCAGUUAUCUGCAAUAAUGGCUGAGAUAUAGUGAAAGGUGUAAAAAGAGUUAAACUCGAUAUUUAGGGAAAAUAAACACUAAUUUGGGAAAAAUAUAUACGUGGGACAAUUUGUCAACUUUUUAACAUAGCUAAUCAUUUUCGACACAAUUUUUCCAAUCUAGAAAAGCUGAUUAGAAGUAUAUUUCAGCGGGGUGCAUGAUACCCCUUCUACCCGCCCAACUAUACAGUAUGCCUUUAAAAUGGUAUUAUGCAAUCCGAGGAGGGCUUGUCAUGUGGGAGGGCUUGUCCUGUGGGAGGGGUCACAGGGCGUUUGAACAUUGAACCUUUGCUCUUUACUUUCAGUUGUCAAACAGCUGUCCUAAAGUAUGUAGCCGCUCUAGUUUUUUGAUCUUUAGUUUUUAGACACUAUGGGUAAGUUCAAGUUCUCCCCCCUGGACAUCUUCCUCAUGUUUUUGGGCCUGGUGUUCUUAGUGGUGGACAUAGUGCUGGAUGUAUUGGCCGUGGUGAAUUUCUACCAGGAAAAGUCUUAUGGGAGCCUCUUCCUCCUGAUCCUGCUGCUGGUGGGCUCCUCCCUGCUGGUCCAGGCGUUUAGCUGGCUGUGGUACAGGUACGAGGAAUCUGAGAGGGAUCAGGAGGAGAAGUCCAUGAACCAGACAAAGGUGGAGAAGUACCUGAGCCGCAGCCACAUCAAACUACUCCAUGUACUCCAGCUGGGAAUCUACUUCAGGCAUGCAGAUGUGGUGGAGAUGUCUUUAUGCAGUGCAUGCUCACAGGUCAACGAUCCAGAGGGCUUCGCAGUGUACAUGAUCCAUGACCUAAGCAUGCUGCGGCUCAUAGAGACGUUUUCAGAGAGCGCGCCUCAACUCGUCCUCAUGAUCACCAUCAUAAUGCAGCAAGGGCAACUCGACCCCAUCACAGGUGCCCAGUGUUAGGCUCAAGGUUUAUGAAGUAAAAAUGCAAAUGUAUUUAAUAUUUUGACACUCCAUACUGAAAACCUCCUCUCUUCAAAGGGUCAGUUGAACCAAAUUCAGUGGUGGAACAUAACUAAGAACAAUGUUUUUCACCUAAAUUAACUCCUUUCUUAUCAACUACAUUUUUGAGAAACAUGUAAACUUUGACACUAUACAGCUAUAAUUCAGAUUCAUAUUUUACAUACAAAAUAUCUUUCCUGCUUACAAAAUAUGAUUUGUAUGAUUGUAAUGGAAAUGGAGGAUUUGAAUUAAAUCAACUGUUAUUCAUUACACAUACAGUAUAGAGUGGUGCAGUGAUGAUGUAUAUUUGUAGGACCACCUGGAAGUUAGCAUUGCAAGAUAGCUUCGCAAGGGUCCCAUGAUGAAGAGCACUGGAAUUUUCCCCUUGAAUUUUGGAAUUUUUAAGAAAAUAAGAUCUGUUUGUGAUAUUUUCACGUAUUGUUCAGCAGGAUAAUCUCCACAUAUCAACAU